UCUAAAGGAGAAAAGGUUAGAAACAUUGCACUUAAGUGAUGGGAGAUGCUUGUAAGUAUGCAGUGGUUACAGGAGCAAACAAGGGAAUUGGCUUCGAGACUGUUAAGCAGCUCGCCAAUUCAGGUGUAACGGUUUUCUUAACAGCCAGAGACGAAAAGAGAGGAACUGAAGCAAUGGACUUGCUGAAUGAACAAGGAUUUUCAAAUGUUGUGUUUCAUCAGCUUGAUGUUCAAGAUGCUCAGAGCAUUGAGUCCUUAACAAAGUUCAUACAAACACAAUAUGGGAGGCUUGAUAUUCUGUUGCUGAAUAAAUUUCUGAAGGUAAAUGCUGGAGCUUCUGGAGUUGUACCUGAUGAAGAUGUCCUAAGGGCCAUGAACAUGGAUCUUGUAGACUGGGUAAGAUAA